AUGUCCACUUUUGAAUCUCCAUCGUUACUUAGGCAAUUUGAAAUGCUUUUGGAUGGCAGAUCGUUGUUUGUCAAUGCUCACUGGAUGGCUGAACUUUCUCCUUAUUUCCAUCAAAUUUGUUUUUGUACAAACUUUGAUGAAGCUCGAACAGGCCGUGUGGAGAUGAGGGAUGUGCAUUUCUCCGAUGUACUACAGCUUCUAAAUUAUUGUUGUCCGGAUAAAGAGCAUCUCUUCUCAAAGAAGAUUGAUGAUUUGAAUUUCGCUGCUCUGAUUCACUGUUCGAAUCGUUUUCAAAUUCCAACCGUUCAACGAGAUUUAGAGAAGUUCAUAGAGAUUGAAAUGAGUAGAGAUACUUGUAAACUAACACCGGAAACACUCAUCGAUGUAAUAAUAGAAGCUAAUUAUGCUAAUUAUAGACCAUCUCUCAUGCUGUGCAUAUACAAGAAAUUAAGUAAUUUUGGAGAAGUUACUAUACGAGAAGCUUUAAAAGCAAAGCAACUACCAGAAGAUAGUUGUAAAGCCGUAAUGGAGGAAACAGCCAAAUACAUUAAAGUAAUCCAUCCACCAAUCAUUCGACAUAACAAUUGGGACACCAGACAUAAUUACAAUUGGGAGCAAAGAGUUUUCUUCUAA